ACGGUGCAGGGGCCGACCUAAUGCGGCAAGGGCGCCCGCCUGAGCCCCCGUUGCGUUACAGUAUUUUUACAUUCCCGGAGAAACACGUGGAGUUGUUGAUCAUACGUUAGUGUCCCGGAUGUCCUGCCUCUGGGGUCACGUCAACAUGGCGGCGUCCUUAAGUCAAUGCUUUUUUUUUUUUGACUGAAUCUGGCGGAUAUUGAGUAAGAUCUGUGAGAAUGCAGGUGAAGGAUAGUGCAGUGUGGAUUGUGCUAGCUCCGUGAAAGAUGAAAGGAAGAGAAUUCUCUGCAUCACUUGUGGCAGGGGGUUGCGCUGGGAUGUGUGUGGACCUGGUGUUAUAUCCGCUGGACACCGUCAAAACCAGACUGCAGAGUCAAAACGGCUUUUACAAAGCAGGUGGUUUCAGAGGAGUCUACUCUGGAGUCCUUUCAGCUGCUGUGGGGUCUUUUCCUACUGCGGCUGCGUUUUUCGUCACCUAUGAAUGUGUGAAGUCCCUGCUUGGCAGUUCUGAAUCUCCAUAUGUGGCCCCAGUCACACACAUGGUUGCUGCAUCCUUGGGAGAAACAGUAGCUUGUCUAAUACGAGUGCCAUCUGAGGUGGUAAAACAGAGGGCCCAGGCCUGUCCGUCCUCUUCGACUUAUCAAGUGCUGCUUGGGACCCUGCGUGAGGAGGGAGUCAGGGGAUUGUACCGAGGUUACAAGAGUAUGGUUUUGAGAGAGAUUCCCUUCUCACUUGUGCAGUUUCCUUUAUGGGAGUAUUUGAAGAGCCUUUGGUCAUGGAAGCAAGGUCAUGUGCUGUAUCCUUGGCAGGCUGCGCUAUGUGGAGCUUUUGCAGGUGGAGCUGCAGCUUUUGUCACUGCACCUUUGGAUGUAGCAAAGACGAGAAUCAUUUUGGCAAAGGCAGGAACACAAACAGCUAGUGGAAACAUUCUGAGUGUCAUGUAUGAAGUAUGGAGAAGCAGAGGUGUCCCUGGAUUGUUUGCUGGCAGCGUUCCUAGGAUGGCCUCAAUCAGCAUUGGUGGAUUCAUUUUCUUAGGUGGAUAUGAGAAAGUUCGCAGCACCAUGCUGAGAAACGACUGGAUUCCUAACUGAAGCAGCAUCAGCGACUAUGGAAAUCCUAGGUUUGAACUCAUUCCAAGUGUAUAUUUUAUUCAACACUAAAAAAGAUUAAUAAAGCAGAGCUUCAGUUGCAAAAUUGCCGUCGGUGUAAGGUUAAGGGAUCUGGGAAAAGCUAUUCUGACUAUACUCGUGAGGGAUACUGAGAGUUAAAACUGUUUUUUUUGUGCACCUUGGAUUCCCUUUCAAAUGCAAGAAAUGCAACUACUAACUCAUGCAAUGUAACCAUGCAUUUUUCAGUUCAUUAACAUUUUUUUUGUUUUUUAUUCCAAAGAUGUGCAUGUACUUCAUAUGAAUGGUGUAGGUUUGUAUUCUAUCAAAGAUGGAUGGAAUGAAACUGAUUUUAGGGUUUUGCAGCUGCCUCUUCAUUGUCAACUUGCUGAUCAAGUUUCUUUACGAUAGCAGGAAUUUCCUCAAUUAAACUUAAGCAAUGGACGUAAAACAAACUUGAGGUCCUUCCCAAGAGCCUGGCCAUUAAUGUAGCCAAGAACUGACAGAUUUGAGGAGACAAAAGAUGUUCCAAUUUCAUUUAAAUUCACUUGGGAAUGUAUUGUUUUAUUAGUUUUCAAAUUUAACACUGAUUUUAUACCAAGACUGUGUGUGGGGUAUUCUGCUUCAAUUUCUUGUUCUUUAAAAUGUUUUGGAAAAAUGUUGGUAUUUUUCUUAGUAAAUUAAAAGACACAAAACAGACAAAUUCAUAUAUUUUUAUUUUCUAGGCUCCUAUCUGUCAGAUGAGGUGUUUAACUGCCUAGAAUUCCCCAUUUAAUGUAAUACGGCAAAGAAAACAGGUUUAAUGAUACAAAUGAGCCAGGCAGUAUAUUAAAUGUGAUUUUAAUAAAGACACUUCAAUGUCAUGUUAGACACUUCAAUUUUUUACAUUUUCUUAUCAAUGUACAACUGCUUUACCAACGUUCACAUAAAUACCUUUUUACAGAAAA